GGUGGAGUCCUGCAGCGCUGACAGUCUGUGGCGCCCUCUGGCGGCCUGUACGGUAGUCAAACGAGGACUGCGUUUAGUUCAUGACGUAGCCGCCUCAGAGUAUUCGAACCGGCUCCGGUUCCGCCUCAGUGACCCUCAGGCGGGAGCAGUUGACCUUGUGGAAGGACGCCACCUGCUGGAUGAGACUCGCCAGGAAAUAUUGAAGCGCUCGAAAUCGUUUCGGGAUUGUGGAGAGUGCGGAAUGUUCUGUUGGUGUUCGGGUGAGUUAAAAUCCAUGAAUGAACGUGUGUGAGCCGAGUCAAUACACGCCCCGAGGUCACACACACUCGUUUGUUUCUCUGUCCUUGUGGGGACAUGGUCAGGUUUCUCAUUGCCAUGACCCUUUCCCCAGCCUGAAACUGAAGCCCAGUUAUCAUUACACAGUUAUUGUGAAGUCUCCAUCCUCAAACUGAGGCUUAACCUCCUGGAGUCCAGCUAAAUGUCCCCACAGGGAUAGUGUUUUGUCAAAAAUUGGUCCCCACAAAGUAGGAAAACAAGGGCGACACACACUCUCUCUCACUGAGAGCAACACCCCCUCCAUCAGCGAGCAUCGACCUCUUCAGUGUCUGUCUGUCCGCAGAUUUGCAUCCCUCAACUUCUCCUUGGCUGCGGGAAGAGUCAGAGUCACCGUCUGAGUAGGGCAGCUGCUGACUCACUGCAGAGAAAGGAGGACCUCCGCCCGAGUUGUUCCGUGAUCCACCCAUCCCUGGAGGACCUGAGUCUGGGGCUCGACCCGGGGCGUCGGGACACACUGGAACUUUGCUCCGACACCGACCCAGCUGAAGGACUUCUCCGGCUCAGGAUGGAUCAUCAUGAGUGGCAGCCCAGCAGAAGCAGACAUCGUCACCAUGACGACGAUGAUGAUGUGCAGCCCUUCUACAUUGGGCUUCCAGUCUCUCACAGGCGGAAGCGACGGCGCCAUCACUCGUACGCCAGCGACCCCGACCGCGCCGCCCGCCACUCUCACUACGAGCACCACACACACCACCAACACACUCGCCACAGCUACUGCCACGACAGGAAUGACCAGUACGGCGACGAUGAGGAGAGCACCGACCACCAGGAGCACCUGGACCCCUCAGUCUCUCCUGCAGCUGAGCGACUGCGUCACAUCCUGACAGACGACGACAACAUGCCGACGCCCACAAUCUUCACUGAGAUGGACACGCUGCAGCAGGAGGGGGGGGAGCUGGAGUGGAAGGAGUCGGCCAGGUGGGUGAAGUUCGAGGAGAAGGUGGAGGAGGGAGGAGAGCGCUGGAGCAAGCCGCACGUGUCCACGCUGACGCUGCACAGCCUGUUCGAGCUGCGCACCUGCCUGCAGACCGGCUGCAUCCUGCUGGACCUAGAUGGCUUCUCACUGGCCCAGAUCGUCGACGAGCUGCUGGAACGUCACAUCGCAGACGGCCUGGUGUCACCAGACCUAAGGGAGAAGAUCAGCUUCGUGCUGCUGCGGAAACAUCGACACCAGACCAAGAAGCCCAUCCACCGCUCGCUGGCCGACAUCGGCAAGUCCAGCAACAGCACCACCGCUCCCUCCAUCCGUCCUCAGCCUAAUCUGAGUCGCAGCACUAGUUCUGCCUCUGGUAUCCAUCGAUCCACUGAAGACCUGAGGGCCAGACGCUCAGGCAGCCUGGGGAGACUCCAUCACGCUCAGAGUCGCAGCAUGAACGACAUCUCUGACACGCCCAGCACAGACCAGCUGAAGAAUAAGUUUAUGAAGAAGAUUCCUCGAGAUGCUGAAGCAUCCAACGUCUUGGUGGGUGAGGUUGACUUCCUGGACAAACCCUUCGUCUCCUUCGUCCGCUUGGCUCAGGCCACGACCCUGGGUGGUCUGACGGAAGUCCCGGUCCCGACCAGGUUCCUCUUCAUUCUGCUGGGCCCGCAGGGAAAGACCAAGUCGUACAACGAGAUUGGCCGGGCAAUCGCGACGCUGAUGGUCGAUGAUCUGUUCAGCGACGUCGCCUACAAAGCCCGUGAUCGGGAAGACUUGAUCGCAGGCGUGGACGAGUUCCUCGAUGAGGUCAUCGUCCUGCCCCCUGGAGAGUGGGAUCCCACGAUCCGCAUCGAACCUCCGAAGAAGGUUCCAUCAGCAGAAAUGAGGAAGUCGGUGCUGAACCUGAACGAGUUGGGCCAGAUGAACGGUUCUGCCAGCGGCGCGGGGAGUGGAGAAGAUGAGGAGCUUCCUGCUCCGCAUGAGGUCGGGCAGGAGCUGAAGUUCACUGGAAGGCUUGGUGGAGGACUUUGGCUGGACAUCAAGAGGAAGGCGCCGUGGUACUGCAGCGACAUCUACGACGGCUUCCAUAUCCAGACCAUCUCCGCUGUGCUCUUCAUCUACCUGGGCUGCAUCACCAAUGCCAUCACCUUCGGAGGCCUCCUGGGGGACGCCACAGACAAUUACCAGGGUGUGAUGGAGAGCUUCCUGGGCACGGCUCUGGCCGGCACAGUCUUCUGCCUGUUCGGCGGUCAGCCGCUCAUCAUCCUCAGUUCCACUGGGCCCAUCCUUAUCUUCGAGAAGCUGCUGUACGAGUUCAGCAAAAGCAACAACAUCGACUACAUGGAGCUGCGCCUCUGGAUCGGCAUCCACUCGUGCCUGCAGUGCUUCGUGCUGGUGCUGUCUGACGCCAGCUACAUCAUCCAGUACAUGACGCGCUUCACCGAGGAGGGCUUCUCCAGCCUCAUCUCCUUCAUCUUCAUCUCGGACGCCAUCAAGAAGAUGGUGGGCUCCUUCAAGUACUACCCCAUCAACCGAGGCUUCAAGCCAGACAACGUCAUCGGCUACAGGUGUGACUGCCUCCCUCCAGACCAGGGUGUCAACGCUUCAGCGCCGCUCGCCGACGACAACAUGACGCUGCUGUUCAACCUGACAGACCUGGACUGGGGUCAGCUGAGUAAGAAGGACUGUGUGAAGUUCAGCGGCACCCUAGUGGGCAAAGCGUGUAAGUACGUCCCGGACCUGGCGCUCAUGUCCUUCAUCCUCUUCUUCGGGACCUACUCCAUGACGGUCUCCCUCAAGAAGUUCAAGUUCAGCCGCUACUUUCCCACCAAGCUACGGAAGCUAAUCAGUGAUUUUGCGAUCUUCAUGUCAAUCAUGACGUUCGUCGGUCUGGAUAUGUUGAUGGGGCUAGACACCCCCAAACUUAUCGUUCCCACUGAACUCAAGCCGACCCGUUCGGACCGCGGCUGGCUGGUCAUGCCGUUUGGUAAGAACCCCUGGUGGUGGUACCUGGCGAGCUUUGUUCCUGCGCUGCUGGUCACCAUCCUGAUUUUCAUGGACCAGCAGAUCAGCGCUGUUAUCGUCAACCGCAAGGAGAACAAGCUGAAGAAAGGCUGUGGGUACCACCUGGACCUCUUCUGGGUCGGGGUUCUGAUGGCUGCUUGCUCCUUGAUGGGGUUGCCAUGGUACGUCGCAGCCACCGUCAUCUCUAUUGCCCACAUUGAUUCCCUGAAGAUGGAGACCGAGUCCAGUGCCCCCGGAGAGCAGCCCCAGUUCCUGGGGGUCCGAGAACAGAGGCUGACAGGCAUCCUGGUGUUUGUGCUGACGGGACUCUCAGUCUUUCUGGCCCCGGUCCUCCAGUUCAUCCCCAUGCCAGUUCUGUACGGCGUCUUUCUCUACAUGGGUGUGGCAUCGCUGAGUGGCAUCCAGUUCUGGGAGAGGAUCAAGCUGUAUCUGAUGCCGCCCAAACACCAGCCAGACUUCUCCUUCCUGCGCCACGUUCCCUUGCGGCGGGUUCACCUCUUCACCCUGGUCCAGAUCCUCUGCCUGGCCGUCCUCUGGAUCCUCAAGUCCACGUUCCUCGCGAUCAUCUUCCCCGUGAUGAUCCUGGGCCUGAUGGUGGUCCGGAAGCUGCUGGACCUGAUGUUCUCGCAGCACGACUUGGCCUGGCUGGAUGACAUCCUGCCAGACAAGGACAAGAAGAAGAAGGAGGAUGAGAAGAAGAAAAAGAGGAAGGCGGGUGAUCGAGAGAACGACGAGGAGGACGUGAACCCGUACUGCACGGUCUCGGACCCCCACCAUCUGGACCACAGGUACUGUGUGCUGAAGCUCCACGUUCCCUACAAAGACCUGAUGAUGGCGCCGGACGUGCACGCUGUUGCCUGCUGAUCACCGUGACGGCCGCACACCAUGAGACACUCUUCGACCACAGCACUGGAACCCUCAUCCUGUUCUCACCAUCUGGCCUGGUGCCUUCACCUGCUUCCGGACUCUGCGAUGGUUCUGAUCUCCUCUGCUCUAUCUGCGCCAAACACAGUUAGUGAGUCAUCAAAACCCAUCUCCUCCCCUGCUGCCUGGGGCAGGUCGGACAUGGACUUGGGUGGAAGAGUGUCUCUGUGUGGAUCUUGUGUCGACUUCUGUAUUUAUCUUGUUUAGAAACUCUUGAUUGUUGUUGUGAAGACUCUGGCGAUGUGUAAAUAAUAUCUUACCCCUCCUCAACUAGACCCGUGUCUCCCUCCUGCUGCUGGGCACCCCCUGAGACCAGACCAGGACCUGAGGUGGACCACGUACGAGACCUGGACUCUGACUGAGACCACCAACUGGACCAUAAACAGACCUGAUACCAACACCUAGACCUGGACCUUCGUAUUGUAUCACCAGACCACCAGACUUGACCCUCGAUAUUUCAGCCUUUACCCGACCAAGGCCUGAAUACAGACUGGCGCAUACUGGAUCCCAGACCCAGACCAGUGUAGACAACCUGGACCUGACUACAAAUGAGCAGCAAAACCUGGAUCUGAAUGUGAACCUGACCUGGACCAUGGCACUAACUCAAACCCAGGUCUGCAAAUGCAGUAAUGUCACUCAGCCUGACUGGUCUACUCCAGGUCAUCCUGGUGUGGCUGGGAGGAGACACGUGGUAGGAACGUCCUCUGUAACUGUCGACUCUGUAGCCAUAUCUCACGUGUACUCUGGUCACAUGAUUUGACAAUAAAGGAAGUAGAUUUAGAGCCAGAACGUUUGUUUGUUGUGUUGACAAGUUAGCAAGUUUUUCCUCAGUCAAGGACACGUGACUACCUGGACUGACUCGACUCGGACUCCUUGUCAUUUGAAGGAUUUCACGCAGACCACAAUAAUGCGGCUCCCCUGUGUUUUUGUAACGCGAGCGUUUUUUUUCAGACUACUUUAGCAAUGCAACGUUUUUUUAGAACAGAAUUGUUCGGGAGCCUAUUCGUGUAAAUGAUAGAAUAUUUUGUCGCAGCAAUUUAGUCAGGUUUCAGUCAAAGUAAUUAUUCUCAUUUCAGAAAUACUUAAAACAAAUUCCAGUUGACGUGUUCCACAGCUAAACUACUGACCUAUUAUUUGGAAUAAUAAUCAUGUUGAAUAAACUGAA